AUGAAAAAAAGAUAUUAUACUACAGGUAUAACACCUGCAAUUACAUAUAAAAAUUGUGAUCAGAAUAAAAUUCAAAUAUUAAAUGAUAAUAGAAAUAAAGGAGGUAUAUAUUGCUGGAUUAAUAAUAUUAAUAAUAAAAUCUACGUAGGUAGCUCCAUAAAUUUAACUAAUAGAUUUUAUAAAUAUUAUAGUAUUAAGCACUUAACUUUGCGUAAAACACCUAUUCACAAUGCUCUUUUAAAGUAUGGAUAUAGUAACUUUACUUUAAUAUUAGAAUAUAUUACUGAUAAAGAACAAGUUAUAAAAAGAGAACAAUACUAUCUAGACUUUUUAAAACCACAAUAUAACAUAUUAGCAAAAGCAAAUUCUUUUCUAGGUUAUAAACAUACAGAAGAAACUUUAAAGUUUUUUAGAGAAGGACGUAUACUUAAUGAGGAAGCUAGAAAUAAAUUAUCUAUUGCAGCGUGCUUCGCCAAGGAAGAAUAUUACCACAAGUAA